GCUUCAAAGCUCCAAAAUAAAUUAAUCUACUUAGUUGACAACAGUGAAAUCGCGUUAACAGCGUGAACUGCAUGGCGGCCAUUUUAAAGUUAAUGGAUGUGUGUUGUCAACUUUUGAACUGUGCCGUGUUUGUCGACAGCAGCAUUAUGAUAACCAUUUCCUGUUUCUGUCUUUGCCAGAGUUUGAUGAGACAUCCAAGAGACUAAGCUCUCCAAUCCAACUUGGUUGGAGUCCAAGUUCAGUUUGCUCGUUGUUACCAAGUUUUUAAGUAAUCUUGGACCAUAAAGACAUGAUUUGUGACCAACAUGUUUAAAAUCAGUGAAGAAGAUUUUGCACUAGGAGAUGAGGACUUUUGGUCUGGGGCUUUGUCAGAUGAAGCUCCUGGUGCAGAAUUGUUGUCAAGCAACUGUUUGAAUGUUCAAGGAGGUUCAGAUAAUAAAACUACUAGAAGCCUUGCAUCUGAUAAUCGCGUUCAAGAAGGAAAGUCAAGAAUUGCUAUCGUUCAGAAAGGAAGCAAUCUCAAUUUUGCUGAUGCUUCUAGUAAAGCUAUGACACCAAAAGACCUCAAUAUUGGACUACAUGUAUCUGCAUGUGUUACUUCAGCGAACCUUCCCCAGAGAAAAUUUUCUUUCAAACCCAAAUCUCCAAAAGGUUGCUUUCAGAGCAUUUCCAUCAAAACUGUUGAACAAGGUAUUAUUAGCACAGGCAAGAGUGUUAGACCAAAUGAUAGUAUAUGUACUUCCACUGUAAACAACUCAAAUCUUGCAGUUGGAUUUGGAAGCAAAGAACUCAGAAUUGUUCAAGACAAGAGAAAGAAAAUCCCAGCAGAAGCAAGCCUACUCAGACCAAUUUCCUACCAUGCUGGAGUAACUCCAAACUUCAGUCAGUCUGCUGUCACAUUGAAUGCUGAGGAGGAAACACAUAAAAACAUAAAGAGCACAAAUCAUCCAAACUCAAAAUGUACAGUAGGGGUUGAUGAUAAGACCAUGACACCAAAGGAACCACAACUCAGAAAUACAAUGGAAUGGUUUCAAACUCCAACCACAACUCAACCAAGUCAAGCUUUAACUAAGCAAGGUAAACUGUUAGACUCCAAAGUAAAGACAAAUCUGCAGAUGGUUUCUACUGAAAGGGUUGACAAUUUUGAUGACCAAUUCAACUCGUGGGAGGAUGACUUUGAUUGGGAUUCUGUUAUUUUACAACCUUCAACCACUGUCACCAAAAGUGUUUCUAGAGAAGAGUCAAAAUCAAGAUCAGCAAAUCCAGCCACUCCACAGCCAUGUACAGUAAACAUUGUGAAACUAGACUGCAAUACAUCACAACCAUAUGCAGUGACAAUGGAUACUAGCCCUGGAAAGUCUUCAGGAAAGAUUACCCAACAAAGACCAAUCAUAAACCUUGAGACACUAUCUGAUCAGGAAAGAUGUAAUCAGCUUCAGAACAACCCACCAAGAACCAACGUUCUACCCUGUACUCCUUCAAACCUUUGUCCCAUUCAAAGAUCAAGUACCCCCAUUCAAAGAAUGAGUACCCCUUUAGGAUCUGGAACCUCAGGGUGCAGACCACCGGUAUCCAGUUUCAACAACAAGUUUACCUCACAGGGUGUCCCAUCAACUCCAAAUAUCAUAAAUUCAAGCACUCGACAGUUUACACCAGCACAACGAAGUCACUAUACUGGGAACCAGAGUGAUAGAGCGUUUACCACACAUGGAGCUAAACCCCAGAGUCCAGUUAUGACUACCCCUCAGACAUCAUUACUGACAUCUAGAGUUGCUCAACUGUUCCAAACACCUACCAGUGUAAAAACUGCAACAUCACACACAAGAGUAAGGAAGUUUCCGGGUCCUGCUGGUGUACUACCACAAUUAAUGGAAGGUCAGAAACUGAAUGAUCUCUCUGAAUUAGUGUCUCCUGAGACUACACAGGAUGUUCCAAAGUCGGGCUCUACAAAGUCAAAGUUUAUCCCUUCUGAAGAUGAUGGUGAAGCCGACUUCUCUCAUGGAGCAUGGAAGAGAAUGAAAGUAGAUCUUGACUUGGAGGAUGACAACCAACACUCUAUCCUGGCCAAAAACAACAUUGCUUUGCUUUUAAGAAAGGCUAGUUUGAAGCAACUGACAAAAAACAAAGUGCCACACUUGUGUGUAAUGAUCAAAUCCAUUACCAUCAACACAGACGCUAGUGUUGUGUUGAGAGAUCCAACUGGUGAGAUACAGGGUACCAUACAUAGACGUCUUAUAGAGGAGCAUCAAGCUGAGUUGAAACCAGGGUGUGUCUUGGUUCUCAGACAGGUUGGAGUUUUAAGUCCAUCUCUUCGGAACCACUAUCUGAACAUCACUCCAAGCAAUCUGAUACAGGUCUACCCCAGUGAGUCAACCCACUACCUGUCUACUCAACAAACCACACCUAACUCAUCUAAAACAACUUGUAAGAAGUUUUCUUAUCCAGUACAAAGCAACCUGGAAAGUUCUGAAACAUUUGAAGGGGUGGACAGAAUUGAUUCUUGUCAAGUAAAAAAAGGUACUUUAAUGGCUUCAACAAAUAAAGACACUUCUAAUUCGGAGUACGUGGACCCCUGCAAAUACAAGAAUCAGAAUGACAUCGUUCUCAAUGAAAAAGACCAACCCUCAAAUCAUGAAGGAAAUUUACAAGAAGAUUUCACUCAACUACUUGCUGACAUCGGUGAGGAAUUUUUCAAUGAUUUCUGAGAAAUUUAAAGACUUUUCUCCUUUCAUGGGUUCAUCAUUUACCUCAAUUUAACAAAACAAACUGUGUUGUAGUUUUACAGUCACAAUUGUUGUUAUUAAAAGUUAUUACAAUUUUUUAGGAAUAUGCUUUGUUACCAUAAAUCACACUUGUUAUGAUGAAAUCAAUUUGGCGUUAUUAGCUGAAAUGUAUUCAGUAAGUGUUUUAUAAUAGAUUAAACUGUACUUGUAUGCAAUUCCUAUAACCCAACCAUGUACAUGUAAGAUUCAGCCUCGUUGGAUGUGGGACGCAGAAGCGUGAAUUAAAGGGGUGUGUCUUCAUGACCAAAGUAGGCCUGUGGCUGUACAUGGAAUUAUGAUCUAUCAUCCUAUUACUGCAUGCCUGCCCGUCCCUCCCUUUUAUCGGGAGUGAACGUGUGCUUGCUGUUACUGGGUGAGAGUUGAAUUAAAGGGGCGUGUCUUCAUGACCAAAGUAGGCCUGUGGCUGUACAUGGACUGCAUGCCGACCCGUCCCUCCUGUUUAUGGAGAGUGCACUUGUGCUUGCUGUUACUGGGUGAGAGUUGCAUAACUAGGGGCGUGUCUUCAUGACCAAAGCAGGCCUGUGGCUGUACAUGGACUUUAUGCCCACCCGUCCCUCCCUAUUAUGGAGAGUGCACAGGGACGACAGGUGCUUCCUGUUACUGGGUGCAAGUUUAUAAUUCCAUGUACAGCCACAUACCUGCUUUGAUCAUGGCAACACUGCCUCUUAAAAGGUUUCAUUUAUGUAACUUUUGGCAUAGCUUCGAUGGAUUCUUGGAAAAAUUGUCCAUUACUGUGCCCCUGGGUUUGUUGACUUGGAGCAUUUGGAGCAACAGGCCCUCUAAGGAGACAAUAUUUUGCUCAAUAGUGAAUGUUGAUUUUAACAAGAUGGAGUCUCAGACUGUGUUAAUCACUGUUUGUUGAGUCUGGCUAGAUCAGUCAUUCUGGGUGUUUUUAUUUUGGGUGGGCCAAACUCAAAAGCUAAACAGUAAUCUAUCAAAUAAUAAAAAUAAAAAGUAAAGUUAACUUGUCAGAAAAUAUACUGUAUUUAGUUUCUUUUCAAGAGGCUGAGAGACUUUAAAAAAUAUAUAUAUUGCUUAAAAUUAUCAUUUAGUAUUGGUUGAUACAUGUAGCUUAUCUUGUUACUUUGCCCUGUUUCAUUUUCAGGCAAAAUUAGCUUAAUACGCAAGGUUAUACUAUAAUAUAUUAUAAGCCUUGCAUAUUUAGCAAAUUCUUUCUGAAAAUGCAACCAGGGGUUGUGUAUUAAUUUAAUGUGCCUUGGACAAAUUUUCAAAGAUUUUCAAGCCAAAUUUGAAAAACUCACAUUUUCACACAUUUUGAAGCAAAAUU